AGCCGGGUUGGAAGUCGGGAUGGCCAAAGGGGGCAAUGGAGUCGGGAUGGGGAGGGACAGGUCCAGAGGUCGGGAUAGGGAGGGGAGUAUUUCGGGAUGGGGAGAGAGGGACGGAAGGUCGGGAUGGGGAGGGGGAAGUACCCAAAGCCCGAUGACGUUGGGAUAGGGGAAGGGGAAGUUGCGAGCCGGGGUGGAAGUCGGGAUGAGCAAAGGGGGCAACGAAGUCGGGAUGGGGAGCGACAGGUGUCACAAAGGGUGGCAAGGGCUGCAGAGCUGUUCAAGAGACUUGGUGUGAUUGGUUUCUGGAGUCAGUUGGUGUGCACCUUCGUCUCUGCUGGCAUACUGGCCUUCUCCUUGGUGCUGACAGGGAAGGCUACAUCAGUUCUUACUCUGUAUUUGACAGCAGCUGGCAUAUGUGCCGCAUUUCUUUCAGUCUUCUGGUCCUUCGGAUACACAAGGCUGUCUCUUCGACUUCGUGAAGGUGUCGGCAACCCCAGUAAGGUCAAUCUGCGUGAUGGAGAAGGAGACCUGCAGGCCGCUGAAACUUCUGUUCAGAUGAUGGAGACAGGCCAGAGAGUCGAAGAACUCAUCAAGCAAGGACGAUUAGUCCUUGAUCGGUAUGUCGCCGAGAGCCUUGAAAAAUUAGACCAGGAAAGAACCAAAAGAACAGGGAAGAAAGAAGAAGUGGUAAAGAAAAGUGGAAGAAUAUCGGAGACUAAUAAACAGCAACAGGAGGAGGAAAGAGUGAUGGAAAUGUUGAGGGAAAAAUUUCAUUAUGAAGAAAUAGGAAGUGAGGUUGCAUCUAUUCUUCAGUCUAUUAUGGUCUACCUCGUUAAUCUCGAGAAGAAGAUUGACCACGACACCAUCACCAUUGAGUCCCUGACAAGAAUGGUGAAAGGAAAAGAUGAGGUGUUGAUUGAGGAGGUGGCCAAGGGGGGAGAAGAUAAGAAAGAACCCCGAGAAAAAUUAAUGAAAGAUGCAAUGAAAGGGGUCACGCCCGAGAAAGCCGAAGGUUCUAAGAAAGAACCUGAGAAGCCGGAAGAGAAGAAAGAAGAACCCACCGGAAAGAAAGAAGAACUGGCAAAAGAAGCGGAAAAGCCUAAGAAGAAGGAAAAGGUGAAAAUGAAGUUACCAUUCACGUACAGUAACAAGAAGGAUGAAAACUUGUUCCUGUGGAUUGCUGAAAUCCAGACUUACUGUAGUACCGCACCCGUGGAACCCGAGAGUCAGGUUGCUUUCUCAACGUCUUGUUUAGGAGGAGUGGCCAAGGAAUGGGUGCUGGCCGAGGCCAAUGCUGAUGGCUUUGAGGAUAUUGGUGAGUGGGCAAAGACCCUGACGUUGAGGCAAUUUCUCCAAAAGAUAAAGGAGAGGUUCCUUGACAAAACGACGGCCGACAAGGCUUUUGAUGAGCUCACCACCAUUAGCCAGAAACGGACUUCUGUCGAUGCGUUAUCUCGUGAAGUUGAUUGUCUGUUGUAGGUACCUGGAUUGAAUUUGCAGGAAAACCAGGUCCUAUACAUUUACUCACGAGUGUUGCCCGAGCCCAUUCGUGGACAGCUCGUGGCCGAAUCGAAAUCUUGUAAGUAUAAUUAUCGGCAGUUCCAUGGCCUUGCCCUUCAGAGAGAGCAGAUGACUGCACAGGUCAAAGGUUCUUACGCUUCGGUUGGUGGGUACAGCAAGCGGGUCGUUUGGCGGCAAAAGCGCCAAAACAUAUAUAAAUUGAUUUGCACAAAAAUUAACACGAGACGCCAAAAAUGCGCCUAUAGCACUGAACAAAAUGGGUUUUAGUUU